UUAUUCUAUUUCUAGGUAUACACUACCUUAAUUGUUACCCGUCAUCCAUCAUUAAAACAAAAAUCAUUAAAGCACGGUGAAACAGUCACCGUACCAUAUAAGAAUAUUUGCUUCACUUGUAUAGAUUCAGUGUCGUAUACAAUAUACAGGAAACAUGUUCUUUAUUUUUGGAAUUGUUUUUCUAAAUAUAGACUUAUCCGCUCAUGCUGUUCAAACUUUAUACACGUUAUCCCCAUGUACAACUUUGCACAGUUUUCACCAUUUUGUUGGUAUUACAGUGGAGGAGUGCAUCUUGGAAUGUCGGCGUCGGACUAUAUGCGCAGCGGUUAACUACAACAACUAUGUAAAACAUUGUGCCCUCAGGAAUAGUUCGGGACUAGCGCUAAGUGGGUUAGAACCUGAAUGGUGUUUUGAUGUUGUCAUAAACAACGAAACUAUCGAGCUGGAUGGACCAUGCAACGAAAAUCCUUGCAAUGAAACUUCCAUGUGCAUAGACUCUAGUAAACCCCCGUUCUUUAGAUGUAUAAUAGUAUAUUGUAAAUCGGAAACGGAAAUUGUGAACGCUUCGUUUAGGAUUAAACCACUGAGUUCUGUGGGCGACAAAAAUGAGCUUGUUUGCGACAAAGGAUUUACUCCAAUAGGUCUACCAUCUGUGACUUGCCUCAGUGACGGAAACUGGUCUUCUACGGAUUUUGAAUGUUUAAAGAAUUGUCCAUCUAUUCCGAUCAAAUCAUCUGCGCUAGUUUCAUCGUGGUCAACGUAUAGGUUUGUUGAUAGCACGAUCGCCACAUUUAAUUGCAAAAAUGGUUAUUAUAAUAUAACAGAUAGGACAAUAGUUUGUAACAAGACUGGCACAUGGUCUGAGUUCGAAUGUUUACCGUACUGCCACCAAACAGACAUCGUGCCGAUACCAAACGGUGGUCCAACACCCGGUAACAUCUAUACAAUUUUUGAACAAGCCAAGUACAUGUGUAACAGCGGAUAUUAUCUGUCCCCUGGUUCCAGAUUUGUUAAUUGUAAUGACCAAGGCACGUGGUCGCAACCGGAAGUUGCGUGUUAUGCGUUUUGUCAUCAGAAUGAAAUUCCAACAGUAGAAAAUGGUACGCCGCUUCCAGGAACGCUAUAUAAUUAUACAAUGACAGCGACUUAUGAAUGUAACCAGGGUUUCUACCUGUCUGACGGUAUACCGGAAAUAACAUGCGGAAACGACGGGAAAUGGUCAGCGCCUCAAGUUGAAUGUUAUCCGUUUUGUCAACUUCCGGCAGUAACAAAUGGGAUUUUUCAUAACCUACCAGCCCAACCUAUCAAGAAAGAUGUUUCUGUGACGUACACAUGUAACUCGGGAUACUAUACCCAUCCUGAUGUUUCCCAGCCAACUGCUGUAUGUCUGCUCACUGGCGAGUGGCAAUACACUGCCGCAUGUUACAAAUAUUGUUCCGACGCACCCAACGACCAAUGGGAAAAUGUCGAAGGAUAUUCAACCGGGGCCCCGUAUAAGAUAGGAACAUUCGUUCAGUAUAGGUGUGCCAGUAUAGGCAUGCAUUUUACCGGAAGUAAUGUCAGAAAUUGUAAAAGUGAUGGCUCGUGGGACGGAGAAGUCCAUUGCUGUGCACUAUGUUUUGAUUAUGAGAACGGGAAGUGUAGAUGUUCAUGUUGGCCAUGCUGAGUCGUAAUGAAUUUAUAUCAUUGAUCGCAUAUUUAUAACAGCUUAAAAUUUUACCAAAAUUUUACCACAUGUGAUAUAAUUAUACUCAUAUUGCAGAAAUUAACACGUGCAUAAAUGGUACAUGAUUUGUGAUGAAAAAGUUUGAUUAAUAUGUCACAUGCUAAGAAUCACAUGGCAAAAUGAAACUUUCAAAGACUAUGUAAUAUUUUCCUGGUUUUGUAAAAAUGUUGAAUGUUGUGUUGCGUGCGUGCGUGCCUGUGUGUGUGAUAUAUAUAUACAUACAUAGAAAGACAUUACGGAGUAAAGUUUGUGAACUAUUUGACAAGAUGUUCAUUUUGUACAAACCGUCAAUAGUGCGACGUUUGAAACUAAAUAGGACAACAUAAGAUUCUAUCCCAAAAAAGUAGAUUUUAUAUGCUAGCCAUUAGUAAGGUUAUAUUGCAUGAGCAGCUCCUGUCAGGAAUCCGGUAACUCGGCCUCCAUGCAACGACUGCUUGAAAACGGUCAAAAAUAUCAGUUAGUGGUCAAACAGUUUUACAAGGUAUGGAUAUACGACUAAGUCAUAUGGCUGAUAGUAAAAUUUACCUUAAAAUGGGCCGAUUAGCACAGCUGCAGGAAAACCUUUAUGACAUAAUUAUGAUAAAAAUGUGAUACAAAUAUUUUUUGAAACAUAUUUUUUCUUUGUCUGUAAUUGCAUGAGAUAUAUUUCUUGUGCAAAUAAUGUUCUAUCAUAGCUCAGUGUUCAUGUCACAUAUUAUGAAUGAUAUACUGGUCAAAUUUAUCAUUUAAUUCCAGUUAGACAUAAACUCUCAACCAUUUUGUUUUCAACAGGACCUUGUUAUAAAAGAGUUGAAGUAUCAUGACAUUUGCUUUAGCAAUUUGUUUUCUCUCUAACCACAUGUGUACCCGUGUUGCGCCACACACACACACUCACACACACACGAGCGCACGCACGCACGCACGCAUAUUUAUUUUCAUAUUUCGUUGUUAUCAGUGCAAAUGUAUGUACUAGUAAAUUGUAUCAUUUCGAUUGUUUCUGCAACAAGUAGCAUGUAUAUAAAGUGUAAGACGCAUUGUGCUGAAAGAACACAUAUAUUUAUCUUCGUUAAACCAAUGCUUGUUAGCUGAUCACAUACACAUUUAACUUUUCAAAAAUAAAUACGUGGAAAUUGGCUUAUUGCGUUAGGCAGGACAUAUACAUUUUAUCAUUUUAUACACAAUUAGGACUUUCAUUUUCUCCAUUCAUGAAUGCAAUCGUCCAAAGGUUAACUUCUAAUAGAAGAAUAUGCUUACAAAACAAUUGUUUUAAUCACGUAAAUGUCAAUAUUAUCUGAAAAUAAAACCUUAAUAAAUAAAAAUUCAAAACAAUCCAUGAAAAUCACGGAUACAAAUCGAUUACAAUUCAUUGUUUAAUUAGUUCGACCAACGUUCUCAGAGAAUGUAAAAUAGUAUUUUAAUAAUUUGACAUGCUUGAAUGUUUAAAUUGAUAUUUUUUAAAUAUAUAUCAUUUACAUACAAUGACACGUCAACUCUUAUUUAACUAUUAAUGUUUACUUUUUUUCUUCUUUUAUCAUUUUGAUUUGUAAUAUAUGAUUGUCAAUUACUUAAAUGUGUUGAAUAAACUAUUUGUGGUCUAAAGCUAAACUAGGUUAAUUGGCAAUUAGUAAGUUAGGAACACUAUUGAUUAUUAGAAGAUGAUUAAGUCUUUUUACAAACAUGGCAUUGGUUUUGUGUACAAUGCAUUUUGAAAAAAAAAUACAACUUCAUGUGUAGAACAAAGCAGUAAUCUUGCUUCAUGAAUUACAAAAAAAAUAAAAAGAUAAAUCUUUUUAUUUUGUGAUCACAUAGCGACUUUAUUUUGUUAAAUAGCGACUUUGUUUAUUUUUAUAGUAUGUUUAGCAUAUUAUUUUGUUAAGUCAUGUUUAUCUAUUUAAAUAGGACCAGUAUGUUUUACUUGUUAACUAGUACUUUUAACAGACAUUUUAGUAAUAUGUUACUUAAACCCCAGUCACACUAGAGCUUACGAUUAUAUGCGACCACCGAUGACUUGUAAAACUGACGAUCAUCAGCGAUUGUCUGCGACCAAAACCCUUUUUGCACAGAUAAAUUUACUUCUGCGACUAUCGUAAGACAAGUCAUCAUUGACAAUCGCACGACAGGUCAUAAGCAAACGUACGAUGGUCUCGAGAUGUGUGGGAUUACUUACGACUACCCGUGACCUUUCAUGCGAUCACCUUCAACUUGUCCUACGACCAUCGCACGAUAACUUAAGGUUAAUCAUAGGCACUUUGUAAAGAAUGUCGUAAGAUUGUCGCACUUUCGAGCGACGAUCGUGCGACAGCCUAAGACCUUAUAAGUUCACUAGCAACCUGUUUGAUCGCAGAGAGGUUUUUGUGCAAGCUCAAAAACCUCUUUACGACUGAAAUUGGUCGUGGCACCUAAAUAAGAUAAUCUGCGACUAUCGAAGAUCACCGAUAAUCGUCGUAAGACUUUUUAAAGAGUGUACGCGACCAGUGGUCACUGGUGAUCGUGAACUGGUCUUUACUGGUCAUAAACUUUAAUGUGACUGGGGCUUUAGUAAAUAUUACACUCACCUUCAAGUUGGGAAAAAGUGUGUUUAGCUUUUUUUUAUCUACAUUUUAAAAUUUUAUAUUUAGUUAGAUAAUUUAUUGAACGCGAAUAAUAUUUUCUUUAUUUUGAUUAAUUAAUUGCUUGUUUAUUAUGUAAACUAAUAUGUUUAACUUUUAUAUUUGUAUAUAUCUUAUAAUUUGAUAAACAAUAUGCUUAUUUAGUUAAAUAGAUGAAUAUUACACAUAUUUUGUUAGAUGACAUACGUGUACAAUUUUCGAGGUAUUAUUUUUUGUUGAGGAAGAAAACCAUUUAAUGGUGUUCGAAGCUUAAAACACACCUGUCACCUAAAUCUGUCAGUUAAAAUCCUGUACACCAAACGAACAUUCCCUUUAAGUUUUUCCACAGAUAUAUAUUAACUCCAUGGUUUUUUCUUGACAUAUCUUUGUACUAUUACAAUUAUUGAAGGGUAGAAAAUUGGUCGGCAAAAGUUCAAUUACAAGUAUGCUUAAUGAGUCGAUUUGGAUCCCGUCCCUGGAGGAUUUGGAUUCCAAGAGAUAAUACAGCAUUUAAAUUUUAAUUAUUUAUGAGGUAUUUUUCUCCAUCCUUCAAAAAGGUUAUAUCGACAUGUUCUAUAUUAAUAAAUCAUACUUAAGAUUAUACAGCAUAAUAAUUAUAGAAAUACCCAGGGACAAUGUUAUAUAGAUACGUACAUAGAUCAAUGACAUAGGUUAGUUAAUUUUAACCUUCAUGGCAUGCAUAGCGAAUAAAGUAAAUAUAUGGAUACUUAAUAAUUUCGUAGCUUUAAUAAGCAUUUUCUUAUCAUCAAUCGUAAACCAUUUCACAUUGCUAAUCAUAUUUGCCAUUUUACAUGUAAGCGUUCGAAAGCUUUAGCCAUUUUGCAUUGCUAGCGCUUAUCAUAUUUCUGUGCAACUUCAAGUCAAGUUAAGGUACAUUUUACAUUUAUAAUUGAAUUAGUUUACCAUUGUUAAAGUUGGAAUAUAUAUGUAUUCAUCUAAGAUGAAAUUAUAUAGUAUGAUGAUGACAGCUAAAAGAUUAUUUGAACUUAUCUAGAGUCCGCUUCUUUGAUCUAACCGGUACUGGUGAAGAAACAAGUUCAUGACCCAUUAAGACACCUUUCCAUCAUUUAUCAUUUUGUAAGCAUAAGCGUUAUCAAUUUAAUAUACGCAAACUAUCUAUCCAGAAAAUUAUGUCUGUAAUACUUUAUCUUUUUUACCUAUAUGUAUAUAGCAAAAGAAUUAAAUACCUUUAUGAAAUGAAAGGGAGUUUUGGAUUGCUUUGAACAAAAAUGGCAGUCAAAUUUAAACAACAAUAAUGUUUUAAACACUCUUUAUACUCUUUAUAUAAAACAGAUUUAAAUUAUGGAAAUUAUUUCAUUACCAUCAAAUCUAAAUAUUUAAGGAGUAGUAUUACGCUUUAAAGAAUUUCUUCGCAUAAUCUUAGAUUUCAAACAGGUAGAUAUGGAAGCAACAUAAAUAAAAGACAGGAAAUAUUAAGCUAUUAUGUCAUUGCUCUGAGAUCGAAGAUGAGUAUCAUUUUAUUCUUAUAUGCAGUGCUUACCAUGAAUACGGCUUAUUAAACGUCAUUUUUAUCAUAGACCUAGUAAGUACAAAUUCACAGAA